GAAGAGAGUCCGUCAUCGUCCGAUUUCAGAACCCGCAAACUUGUGUUCGCUCGGUCAAGUGUCCGCGGCCUCGCGUUAUUUGUUCCGCUCCGGCUCCUGAAAAGCCCUUGAACGUCGUCUGCACGCCACCCGCGCCGGUCCGCUUUCCAUUUUGGGAAAUCGAGGGGUUUAGAACUCCGAUUCUACUGCCAACUUAGGACGACACACUCGAGAGGAGGAUUGUUCCGAUGGCCGACCAGCAGCAAGCGGGCGAACUGACGGCAACGUUGACGGAGCUGAAGAACGGCGAGCCGGACGGUCCGGUUGGGGUGGACGGAGCGGGAACUGGGAAGGCGGCGGCGGCCGCCAAAUCCAAAAAGAAAAAGAAGAACAAAGGUCAGGGAGCUGCGGCCGCGGCUGCUACGGAAGAGGGUAAGCUGGAGGAGGUCAACAGCGGUGAGCAGGAUGCGGCGGUCUUUUCGACGGCCGCGGGAGGAGGCGAUGGACAGGGAGUGGUUCCGGUCAUUCCCGGAGCGGGUCAAAUGCCCAGCCAGGACAUGUUGAUGAACGUGAUUGAGCAGCUGAAGCUGGGUUCGCUGAAGCCGGCCAAAACGGCCGAGGAAGCGUUGAACAAGUCGUUCAAGUUCUGGUCCACCCAGCCGGUGCCGAAAAUGGACGAAAAGAUCGCCGUGAACGAACCGAUCGAGGCGGACAAACCGAUUAGCGAGAUCCGGGCCGAACCGUACACCCUGCCGGACGGAUUCACCUGGGACACGCUCAACCUGAACGAUCCGCUCCAGCUGAAGGAGCUGUACACGUUGCUGAACGAGAAUUACGUCGAGGACGACGAUGCCAUGUUCCGGUUCGACUAUCAGCCCAACUUUCUGCAGUGGGCGUUGCAGCCACCGGGUUGGCGGGCUGAGUGGCACUGCGGCGUGCGGGUCGUCAAGUCGGGCCGCCUGGUGGGCUUUAUUUCGGCCAUCCCCGGCACGUUGAACGUGUACCAAAAGCUCCAAAAGAUGGUCGAAAUCAACUUUCUGUGCGUGCACAAGAAGCUGCGCUCGAAGCGACUGGCGCCGGUGCUCAUCCGGGAGAUUACGCGCCGGGUCAACCUGACCGGCAUCUUCCAGGCGGUGUACACGGCCGGAGUGGUGCUGCCGAAGCCGGUGUCCUCGUGCCGCUACUGGCACCGAUCGCUCAACCCGAAGAAGCUAGUCGAAGUGAAGUUCUCCCACCUGUCGCGCAACAUGACGAUGCAGCGCACGAUCAAGCUGUACAAGCUGCCGGACGUGCCGAAAACGCCCGGCUUCCGGAAGAUGCGCGAGUCGGACCUCGCCGGAACGCGCCUCCUGCUCGAGCAAUACCUGGCCGGGUUCAACCUGACGCCGUCCUUCGACGAGGACGAGUUCCGGCACUGGUUCCUGCCCCAGGACGGCAUCAUCGACUGCUUCGUGGUGGAAGAUCCCGCCACCGGGGCCAUCACCGACAUGGUCAGCUACUACACGCUGCCCUCGACCGUGAUGCACCACGCCGUCCACAAGUUCGUCAAGGCGGCCUACAGCUUCUACAACGUGUCCACCAAGACGCCCUGGCUGGACCUGAUCAACGAUGCGCUGAUUGCGGCGCGGAACCUCAACUUUGACGUGUUCAACGCGCUCGAUCUGAUGGAGAACCGCAAGUUCCUGGUGCCGCUCAAGUUUGGCAUCGGCGACGGCAACCUGCAGUACUAUCUGUACAACUGGCGCUGUCCGAGCAUGCAGCCCGAGGACGUCGGCCUCAUUUUGCUGUAAGAAGCAGCAGCGGCACCAAGGACCAAAGCGGGGGAGGUGGUGGAAUGUGUGCGGUUUGUGUACUAUUUCGUCUAGUACGAGGGAAAGUUCAUCGUGAAAGUAACGCGUUUCUAUUCAUGCAAUUGUAAAUGAUACUUGGCAGAGGGUAGCGGUUUUUCCGAGUACAAUAAUAAACAAAACUGGAGCCUAA